ACCCAUUAUCAAUGGGUCUACUUGGGUUUGGGUAUAAUUACCCAUGGGUGGGUAAUUUGCCAUCCCUACUACUCCACUAUCUUCGCGGCUUCGCCCCUAUUCCCAGAAACCGAGAAAUCUAACACGAUUGGCCUAAGUACUCCUUCCCUAUAAUUGAAUCGACAAAUUUAUUCUUCACCGGCGAGGUUUGGAAAGGCCGACGACGAUUAGGAGAGGAUUUCGAGUCGGAGAUCUAGAGGGGAAGGAGGGAAAAUUCCCAAAAUAUUGUUUUAUUUUUUUUAUUUACCACCAAUAUGGAGGUUUUAAAUAUAUUUACACAGAUAUUGUGUUUUUGUGGGGAAAGAGAUGCGGGCUCGCAGGAGACUCAAUUUUACUAGUUUGAAAUGCGGAUCCGAAAUGGACUUGGGCUGACCCGCGUGGGACUGGUGCGACUCGCGUGGGACUGGUGCGGAAACGCAUGGACUUAGCGGACCCGCAUUAGUCUCAUGCGGAUUCGGCCUGUGUUUUACCCACUCCAGCAUAUAUAUUUUCUCCUCCAUUCUCCUCCUUUCAGUAUCACCACCCCAAAAACUUCUACGAAAACGAAAGGGAGGAGCUCUGCUGGUUGCUGCAAAGAUGGCUAGGUAAGAGACAUUUAUUUUUGUAAUUAUAUUAUUAAAAUGCUAUUAUAAUUUUUUUAGUUAGUAAUUAGUGCAUUUGUUUGUUAUGUAGUGAUUUUAGGAAAUUUGAAUUAAUUGUUUGGUGGAAAUCGGAGAAAGUAGACGACAAUUUCGGCGUUCAUUUCGUUGGUGGUAGAAUGUUUCAGUUGACAGUUCCAUGUCGGGUGACAUAUCAUCAAUUUUGUGAGAAUCUAAUCCCGAGAAUACGACGUAGAGACGAAGCAGUACAAGAUAGUGAUAUGAUCACAGGUUUCACUUACCGUCUUCCAGAAUGGUGUUCUAUUUCAUUAUGUGAUGCCUAUUGUGGAUGAUGAUGGUUUGAAUGUGCUUUUCGAUUUUAUGGCACAAAAUCCUUAUUGUUUGGGUGCUGAGGUACAUGCUGAGAUUAGCCAGGCUGAUCAGGGUGAAGAUGAUACAUGGAGUGUGCCAUCUGUCCAUGAUUACGAGGACGACGACGACAAGGAGGAGGAUGAGGAGGAGGAGGAAGAUGGGGAAGAAGAGAAGCCUAACUUUCCUCCAUAUUUUUACUUGCAGGCUAAUGAAGAGGAUGAUGAAUUAUCAUAUGUUGAUUCAUAUGGGAUAAUUCCAAUGCCUAUCGUUACUGGUUUUGAAGAGGAAUUCUACAAAGGCCAGAUAUUUCACUCGAAACAAGCUGCACAGGUGGCGGUUAAACACCACACACUACAACGCAACUUUCAGUAUGGCGUGGUGGAGUCGUCACCUUCAAUCUGGAAGGUUAGAUGCUUGAAGCAUAAGGAUGAAAAUUGUCCUUGGAUGGUGCGGUUUGGAUGUCGAAACGUUGGAAGCGAAUGGACUGUGAGGAAGGCCGAGUUGGUGCAUUCUUGUAGCAAUACAACUCAACCGAAAGAUCAUCGCCAUCUUGAUGUCGACGUUAUAUCUGACUCCGUGAAACAUUUGGUACGUGCCCAACCUAAUAUGAGUGUUCUAACUAUGCAAGCCGAGAUGAAAGAUAAAUUUAAUAUGCAAGUUACUUAUUAGAAGGCUUGGUAUGGGAAACAAAGAGCAUUGGAGAAGUUGCAUGGAAAUUGGGAAGAAUCCUAUGAUUAUUUGCAAACAUUCUUGCGGGUGGUAAAGAGAAAAAUGCCAACAUCAGUUAUUGAUUGGGUAAGAGUUCCUUCAGAUCAACCAGGUCAUUCGAUCUUUCAGCGAGUAUUCUGGGUUUAAGGACCUUGUAUAGAUGGAUUCAAGAAUUGUCCAAGAGUCAUGGUUGUUGAUGGAACUUUUCUUACUGGAAAGUAUAAAGGAGUGCUACUCAUGGCGAGCUCAUUUGAUGGCCGGAAGAAGAUUUUUCCAAUAGCAUUUGCCAUUGUGGAGAGCGAGAAUACUGAAAGUUGGCCAUGGUUUAUAAAUCGCUUUCAAGGUU